AUCUUUCAUCUCUCUGUAUUUUUUGUUCACAGCUGAGCUUCUUCACGUUCCUAUCGGCCGUCUGCGUGGUGCUCCACCUGGUAGCCACGGCGCUCUCCGGCCUGAGCGGGGCCGACCUCCAGACCUUAGUCAGCUGCCGAGACGACCUGCGACCUCUGACCUGCCACUGCUGCGAGACCCAGUCCCGCUGCGCCCGGCAAGAGGACAUGGUGGUCUUCGAGGGGGUCGGGGACUGCACAACGAUCACGGGCACCGUCAAGGAGCUCAUGUACUCGGUCUGCGUCACCAACAUCGUGGCGUGCGUUAUUUGCAUCGCAUCCACCAUCAUCGGCUGCGCGUAUAUCGUGAAGAGACACACUGCAAGAAGGAUGGUUGUUCGUCGAUCCCAGUGCAGCAACCUGGCAAGGGACUCCUUCUUCAGCGACAUCAUCAUGCCCACCGAUUCGGUCUUCACCCCGCCCUUAGCCCCGCCCCCUCCCUACUCCCCGCCGGACUACACAGCCAUCUCUAAUGAUCGCGUCCUGGUGGAGUCCAACGAGUUCAUGGACGACCUGUCCACCCCCACCCCGGUCAUCGGACCCCAGGACAUGCCUCCGCCCUACUCGACCCUUGAUCUUUCCCCGGGCGGGACCGUAAUGGAGUGUGCUAUGUCACAGGAAUAUCAGGUGGACCCAAAUGAGAUACAUCGUUUUGAAUCUCGCCGUCUUAGCACACAAACAGCCAUAAGCAAUUCCUAUAACCCAGGCCGUGCCAUUAUUACGGUUUGCCAGAGAAGUAGCACAGAACAGAUUCCCACCCCACCACUCCGAUGGGACAGCCACCAUUUUGCCCGAAUCACCCCCCUGACCAGAAUGGAACAGUCGGGCGGCAGUACCAUUGAACCUCAGCCCCGCCACCACCACACAGCCAACGUGCCUGCACCUGGACAAAUUAUCAACAACAAUAGACGGCACACGAAGAGUAAAUCUCGGCCGCGGUCUGGGGGCUCCCCGAGGGCCAGCCCGCGACAUCAGCGUUCUGAAGCAAGGCAGAGCCUGCCUGCAAUGAUACACAGGAACGGGGAAAGCAACGGUGGCAACUUUAUCAUUGUGGAUGAUGGCAUACCGGUGCAGUCGCGGAUACGCCCCAACAACGGCGGUUGCUUACCGGUCGUGAUUAUGCGGCAUCACAGGGGCAGACCUCCUCAAGGGAAUCGCGUGUCGACCGCUUCCCAGACAUCCCUGGAGGGACUUGAUAAUAUUGCGUCCAGCGGGAAUACUACCGCAAACACGGAGAGUAUUAACGUCGGAGAUAAAGUCAUCCGGAGCAUCCCUUGUUCUGUCAGCCGGGAGGCAGCUUCCCGCUCCCCGCACUCGGCCGGAUUUCAUGACACUAAUGAAAGAACAGGAGAGGUUUACGAUAACUCUGCCCCCGCUGAUUACAAACCAGAGGGGGCCCCUGUAACAACUGGGUCAGGUUUGAUGGACAGAAAAGCCAGCUCUUCAUCUGGCAGUGUAUCAGGACCUCCAACCAGCGUGCCUUCCCAGACCAAAUCAAGCAGCAGCAACGAGCGCCUGACGGGAACCAGUAGCAGCCACACAAGUCGGGAUUCGGCCUCAGCUGUUGGGCGAAAGCAGAGACGACGACACAGCCGUCACGCUGCCGAACGCCGGCGAGUGUCUUCCUCCACUACCUGCAGUACCUCCCCGACAGACUGCAGCUCGCGGUCAAGCACAAGCGGGAGCUUUGGCCAAUCGCGUCGGCGAUCACGCGGCAGAUACAUCUCCACAAGUUCUUCCAGUGACAGUGAAGUUGACCAAAGGCCUCACCCACCGAGGCGGGUUGUCGUUGCGAGGAUGGCCAACGGUGGGGUCCGGCAUGAGAUGUUGGAUCCAAAUAGUGCUUAUAACCAUGGCGUAGGUGCCAUCCAACGUGAACAUCGGCACAGAAAAAGCUCCGGUUCAUCAGCAAACACCCCACCCAGGGGUAGACCAAAGCUCCAAAAGACCAGUGGGGAGAGAGCUGGCUCAGGCAGCAGGAGAACCAACAGUUCUGGACCGCCAACAAGACAUGACACACGUGUGGCACAGGCUGCUUCACAAACCCCCAUCAUCCAAUCUCAGCCUUCCCGCUCAUUCUCUGUAGCACCACAGGAUUCAGCGGAACAAGUCCACCUCCGACAGAAACGACCAAACUCCCUCAACCUGCGGCUGAGUAGGAAAUCCCACCCGGCCGCUCAGCUGAGGCCAAGCCAUCAGGCAACAGUUACGUUUGUUGAGGAGAGUGAUCCCUGGAUUCACAGAGACACCGGACGGACAUACGCCUCAGUCGGUGUUCAAAGCACGCCAGAUCAGACCCAGACCCAGACCCAGACUAGGCAAACGACGCAGGGUAAAUCCAGUCAGACCCCCGCCACCUUCAACCCUCCUCAGACCCUGAGUGCUGUCAGCGCACCAACCCCCUCCACCAACGUGGACCCACUCGCAGUGCCUAAACCUAAACCCAGACCCAAGUCCAUGGUAGAGCUCAGCCAGGAUACCAGCGUCAUCGUCUCCAGUUUCCUGCGGCAGGCCGUCCACGGGUUGUCUCCAGCGAUCAAGACAGUCCUGGAGGACAUUCAGAGUGUCAUCACCACAGAUGAGCAGUACCUCGCCGAGGCCAUGCAGAGCCACAGCAUCAUUGACGAGUACAUCGAGAAAUCCAACUCCCUUGACAAACUCCCCAAGGAGAAAAAGGGAACAGAUGCCAAGCUUCCCGACCCUAAAGUCUCCCCUCCGGUUCCCAGCCCUGUCAGCUGCAAGGAACUUAAAGAAACCCUUAAGGAGAAGUGUGGCAUGGAGGACAGUGGUAUCCUCCCUGUCUCCGAUAACAAGUUCCCGAGCAAUUGCCCAGAAAAGGACCUUAUCGGGAUCAGCGGCAGCAAACACGAAGCCGUGCUGCAAGAAUGUCUAGUCAAAACGCUAGAAAGUGCAAGGGAGACCAUUCUCUAGCCAUUGCUGGUUAUAAAUUGUGUACAUGAUUGUAUGUAGAAAAGUUUGCAUAAUGAUUGAAUGGAACAUGAGAAUUGUUUUUAAAAAAAAAGAAGUCUUGCCUAUGUUUUCCACACCAUCCGGUAUCGGAGCAAAAUCCUUGUGAGACAUGGUACGAUUCCUUUUAUCACCAAAGAAUGAUAACUGCAUCGCAGUCUGUCUCAACACAGCAUAAGCAAUUUUUGUUUACAUCGAUGGAUCUUGACGCAUUCAGUUCACUUUUUUUAGUGUAUCAUAAUCUGAAAGUUUACAUUGCCUGCCUCAAAGCUUUUUUCAUGAUUUUUUUUGUGGUCAUUUUCCGACUCACCAUUAUGCAAUCAACAAAGAAGUAAGUUAAGUGUUACUUUUGAAUUUUACUUUGUUCAAAAACUAAACUGAAAGAAUUCAACCCCCCCCCCAC